CAAGCUGGGGGGAGUGUAGAAAGCACUCAGUGGGCUCUCUGUAAUCCCCCCUCCCAGAAUGAUGUCACAGGCAUUUUCCUAGACAUUGGAGGAACUCGUUCUAUAAAAGACUCACACCAGCUGCCUCUGCCUUGACUUGCUCACUGCUGGAAGGAAGGAACUUAGCUUGAAGUUCAUCUUUCCUUUCACAUUCUAUUUAUAUCUCCUUUCAUAUUCUUAUUGAUGUUUGAACUUUACAUAGAGGCAAUCAUGUCUUCAACUUGAGUUCAGAUUGUCGUUCUUUAUUGCAUGCACUUUGCAUUCCUCUACUGAAACUUGGAGAGUAUUAUACAGCUCCCAGACUUUCUGACUGUAUUGAAAGCUUUUGGAGACACAGAGAUGACUUCCACCCCAGCAAAUGUGACAGGUGAAGAAGGGGUGGGCAUUUUUGCUCCUCUUGGGGAAGGAUUGCUAUGGCCAAAGAACUUCACCCAGACUAAUGUGACUGCCCCAGUUACUCACAGGUUUGUGCAACCGCCCUGGCGCAUAGUACUUUGGUCUCUGGCUUAUGGAUCUAUGGUGGCUGUUGCUGUGUUUGGCAAUAUCAUAGUAAUGUGGAUAAUACUGGCUCACAAAAGAAUGAGGACAGUCACCAACUACUUUCUGGUCAGUCUAGCCUUCUCGGAUGCUUCCAUGGCAGCUUUCAACACCCUGGUGAAUUUCAUAUAUGCCCUGCACAAUGAAUGGUACUUUGGGGAGGCUUACUGUAGAUUCCACAACUUCUUUCCUAUUACAGCCAUCUUUGCCAGCAUCUACUCAAUGUCUGCUAUAGCUGUAGACAGAUAUAUGGCUAUCAUUAAUCCAUUGAAACCUCGCCUGUCUGCAACCUCAACAAAGGUAGUCAUUGGAAGUAUCUGGGUCUUCGCAUUCCUGCUGGCUUUCCCUCAGUGCCUUUAUUCUGAAAUCAAAGUGACACCAAGAAGAACUCUUUGUCUGCUUGUAUGGCCGGGAUAUGGGAAAAAACUAACGUAUCAAAUCAUUGUGGUCUUGUUUGUGUACUGCUUCCCAUUGCUUGUCAUGGGAAUUACAUAUACGAUUGUUGGAAUUACUCUAUGGGGUGGAGAAAUACCUGGAGAUACAUCUGAUAAAUAUCAUGAGCAACUCAGGGCUAAGAGAAAGGUGGUCAAAAUGAUGAUUGUGGUUGUCGUGACGUUUGCAAUUUGUUGGCUUCCCUAUCAUAUAUUUUUUAUCGUCACUGCACUUGACAUCAAAGUGGAAAGAUGGAAAUACAUCCAACAAAUCUACUUGGCUAUUUUUUGGCUGGCAAUGAGCUCAACUAUGUACAACCCCAUAAUUUAUUGCUGUCUGAAUAAAAGGUUCCGAGCUGGCUUUAAAAGAGCUUUCAGAUGGUGUCCAUUUAUAGAGGUAUCCAGUUAUGAUGAACUUGAGUUAAAGUCUACCCGAUUCCACCCAACAAGGCAGAGCAGUCUGUACACAGUUUCCAGAAUGGAAUCAAGCAUGACUGUGGUAUUUGACCAAAACGAUGGUGAAACCUCCAAGUCUAUUCAUAGUCACAAAAAAAGAGUUGCAUCCAGCGAAUCAACUUUAAAUGGAUGCUCCCGUAAAAACUCCACAGAUGCCUCUACAAAUUCAGUUUUCAUAAGCUCACCUUGCACAUCCAUAGAUUGUUAUUCAUGAUUUGUAAAUUCUAUAAACGACAUCAUAAAACAUUGCAAAACAUAAAUGAUUCAGAAUAUUCUUAAGCAGGCAUGACAAAUAAAGCAGUAAUUUUUAAUGCUUGAAUAAUUGUUUUUGAAUGUUAGUAUACUUUAGUAGUUUCAUACAUUACAAUAUACCGAUCCAAUGUACUAAAGGACGUAUUGAGAGUCCCAGAUUUCAUGCUAACUAAAACAAAAUCAAGAGUAGAGUUGAAGUGUCUGUGUGUUUGCUAUUUAGUACUGUUAUUGUGUUUUACCAGUACAAUUUAUGAUCAGCCAUAUGAACUUUUUUUGCAGAAAUUAU